UUUUGCUAUAAAAUUCACGGCGAUCCUUCGUCCUGUCAUCAGUCAGCUCCGUGCUUCAAAACCGACUUCAUCAAAUCUCAUCCACCAAAAUGGUUUUCAAGCUCUACAUAUUGGCCGCCCUAGCGACCGUGGCCAGCUGCGGCCUCGUCACUUCCUCAUCCUCCGUAAAAACGGCCCCAUCCCCCAGCCACGCACCAGCCCCUUACAGCCACGCCUCGGAGUCCUACGGAAGUUACGGCCACGAGUCGUACCCCGACGUCCACCCAACCUACAAAUUCUCGUACAGCGUCCACGACCCGAAGACCCACGACGUCAAGGAACAGGAAGAAUACCGCGACGGACACCACGUCAAGGGAUUCUACUCCCUCUACGAGGCCGAUGGCAGCAAGCGAGUGGUCCACUAUAUCGACAACGGACACGGUUUCGAGGCCACAGUCCACAAGGAGGGUGGCAAACACCCCGUUUCCGCCCCUGUCUACCACUCGCCGUCGCCCGCCCCCGCCUACCACCCCGCUCCCGUUUAUGAAAAGUACGAAUGAGACUUUCUAGUCAACAAAUGUGAUCAA